AUGAUACAGUAUCCCGAGAGUACUCACAUCGACUCUUUGGAGAUCAAGAUAAUGGAAGAACAAGCCUACUGCGCCCACAUCGAGGCUGAGCCAGAUGGCCAGCUGUGGAACGCCGACAUCAAGAAAUACUUGGAGAAGGGAGAAUACCCUCCAGAAAGCUUAGCAAAUCAGAAGAAGACUGUCAGAAGGCUAGCCAACAGUUUUUUCCUGAACAAAGAAGUAUUGUACAAAAGAACACCUGACCUAGGCUUACUCAGGUGUGUGGACACCGAAGAAGCUACAAUACUGCUAGGGGAACUGCACGUAGGAGCAUGCGGUCCUCACAUUAACGGAUUCGUCCUUGCAAAGAUAAUCCUAAGGACAGGAUACUACUGGAUGACCAUGGAGCAUGAUUCGUGCAGAGAUGCCAUCAAUGCCAGAUACAUGGGGAUUUAA